ACACCACCCAGCAGAGUAAAUAAACGCAGAAUUUCUCCAAGUGUUGCUUCCACCUGGGAAAAGAGAGGCGUCAUCAUGUCCAACAUCACUAUUGAUCCAGAUGUGAAGCCUGGCGAGUAUGUUAUCAAAAGCCUCUUUGCAGAAUUUGCUGUUCAAGCUGAAAAGAAAAUUGAAGUUGUAAUGGCUGAACCUUUGGAAAAGCUCCUGUCCAGAUCUCUUCAAAGAGGUGAAGAUCUUCAAUUUGAUCAGUUGAUAAGCUCUAUGAGCUCAGUAGCAGAGCACUGUCUCCCCUCCUUACUGCGCACCUUGUUUGACUGGUACAGGCGUCAAAAUGGAACAGAAGAUGAAUCUUAUGAAUAUAGACCUCGCUCUAGCACAAAAUCAAAAGGGGACGACCAACAACGUGAAAGGGAUUAUCUACUUGAAAGGAGGGACUUAGCUGUAGAUUUCAUUUUUUGUUUAGUUUUAAUAGAGGUUCUAAAACAGAUACCUGUUCACCCCGUGCCAGAUCCUUUAGUACAUGAAGUUCUAAACUUGGCUUUUAAGCACUUUAAACAUAAGGAAGGGUAUUCAGGAACCAACACUGGGAAUGUGCAUAUUAUUGCAGACUUGUAUGCAGAAGUGACAGGGGUUCUUGCUCAGUCAAAGUUUCAAGCUGUUAGGAAGAAGUUUGUCACUGAAUUAAAGGAACUGCGGCAAAAAGAGCAGAGUCCUCAUGUAGUACAAAGUAUCAUCAGUUUGAUUAUGGGAAUGAAGUUUUUUCGAGUAAAAAUGUAUCCUGUGGAGGAUUUUGAAGCAUCAUUUCAGUUCAUGCAGGAAUGUGCUCAAUACUUCCUGGAAGUAAAAGAUAAAGAUAUAAAACAUGCACUUGCCGGUUUAUUUGUGGAAAUCCUCAUCCCUGUGGCUGCUGCUGUUAAAAAUGAAGUGAAUGUGCCGUGUUUGAAAAAUUUUGUGGAGAUGCUUUAUCAGACUACCUUUGAAUUGAGUUCAAGAAAGAAGCACUCGCUGGCUUUGUAUCCAUUGAUCACCUGCCUGUUGUGUGUCAGUCAGAAACAGUUUUUUUUAAAUAACUGGCACGUUUUCCUGCAGAACUGUUUGUCACAUCUAAAGAURCCAUCUAACAACAGUAUCAGAAAACAAAUAGAAACAUUGCAGAAUAAAGAUCCCAAAAUGUCCCGAGUUGCACUGGAAUCUCUAUAUAGAUUAUUGUGGGUUUAUGUUAUUAGAAUAAAAUGUGAAAGCAACACUGUAACUCAAAGCCGUCUCAUGAGCAUUGUAUCAGCACUUUUCCCUAAAGGAUCACGUAGUGUGGUCCCUCGAGACACACCUCUGAACAUAUUUGUGAAGAUUAUUCAGUUCAUUGCUCAGGAACGUUUGGAUUUUGCAAUGAAAGAAAUAAUUUUUGAUCUUCUUAGUGUUGGAAAAUCACCUAAAACCUUCACUAUUAAUCCAGAGAGGAUGAAUAUAGGCCUCAGAGUCUUCCUUGUGAUAGCAGAUAGUUUGCAGCAGAAAGAUGGUGAACCACCAAUGCCAACAACAGGAGUUGUUCUUCCCUCAGGAAAUACUCUCCGUGUGAAGAAAAUUUUUCUUAAUAAAACACUGACAGAUGAGGAAGCAAARGUUAUAGGAAUGUCCAUAUACUAUCCUCAAGUUAGAAAAGCGCUAGACAGCAUUCUUAGGCAUUUGGACAAAGAAGUUGGAAGACCAAUGUGCAUGACUAGUGUGCAGAUGUCCAAUAAAGAGCCUGAAGACAUGAUUACGGGUGAAAGAAAACCUAAGAUAGAUUUGUUCAGAACUUGCAUUGCUGCUAUCCCAAGACUGAUUCCAGAUGGCAUGAGCAGGACUGACCUCAUUGAAUUGCUGGCAAGGCUGACAAUUCAUAUGGACGAGGAGCUGCGCGCCUUGGCUUUCAACACACUCCAGGCACUGAUGCUUGACUUCCCAGACUGGCGGGAGGAUGUUCUUUCAGGCUUCGUGUAUUUUAUUGUGCGCGAAGUAACGGAUGUCCAUCCAACGCUUCUUGACAAUGCAGUAAAAAUGCUAGUGCAGCUCAUAAAUCAGUGGAAACAAGCAGCUCAAAUGCACAAUAAAACUCAAGAUUCUCAGCGUGGGGUAUCCAGUGGAGCUGCACAUAGCCUCCCUCUGGAGAGGAACCUUUAUUCCAGCGUKUUUCAUGUGGUGGAAGGCUUUGCUUUGGUGAUUCUUUGCAGCACAAGGCCUGCAACCAGAAGAUUAGCAGUCAGUGUUCUUAGAGAAAUAAGAGCCUUGUUCACCGUUUUAGAAAUUCCCAAGAGUGAUGAUGAUUUGGCUAUAGAUGUGAUGGACAGACUAAGUGCUUCUAUCCUGGAGAGUUUCAUACAUCUCACUGGGGCUGAUCAGACUACUCUUCUGUACUGCCCCGGUUCAAUAGAUUUGCAAACUUUGGCUGACUGGAGUUCCUCCCCAAUCAGCCACCAGUUUGAUGUGGUCAGUCCAUCGCACAUAUGGAUAUUUGCACAUGUCACCCAAGGCCAGGAUCCCUGGAUUAUAAGCCUCUCAAGUUUUAUGAAACAAGAAAAUCUUCCAAAACACUGCCCCACAGCUGUGAGCUAUGCUUGGACAUUUGCUUAUACCAGACUCCAGCUACUGUCCCCACAGGUGGAUAUAAACAGCCCUAUCAAUGCCAAGAAAGUAAAUACUACUACAAGCAGUGACUCCUAUAUUGGACUCUGGAGAAACUACCUGAUUCUGUGCUGCAGUGCAGCUUCCUCUGCCAACUCCUCCACCUCCACAGGCUCUGUGAGAUGUUCCCCUCCCGAGACGCUGGCGUCUACUCCUGACAGUGGUUAUAGCAUUGAUUCAAGAAUCAUUGGCAUUCCAUCCCCUUCCUCCUUGUUUAAGCACAUAGUCCCAAUGAUGCGCUCUGAGAGCAUGGAAAUCACGGAAUCCCUCGUGCUGGGUCUUGGCAGGACCAACCCCGGAGCAUUUAGGGAGCUAAUAGAAGAAUUACAUCCUAUAAUUAAGGAAGCACUUGAAAGAAGGCCAGAGAACAUGAAACGACGCAGGCGUCGAGACAUUUUGCGAGUGCAGCUAGUACGAAUAUUUGAACUGCUGGCAGAUGCUGGUGUCAUCAGUCACAGUGCAAGUGGUGGCCUUGAUAAUGAAACACAUUCCCUCAACAACACUUUACUGGAGUAUGUUGAUCUAACAAGACAACUCCUAGAAGCAGAGAAUGAAAAGGAUUCUGAUACACUGAAAGAUAUCCGGUGCCAUUUUAGUGCCUUAGUGGCAAAUAUCAUUCAAAAUGUUCCAGUACACCAGAGAAGAAGUGUCUUUCCGCAGCAGAGUCUACGCCACAGUCUAUUUAUGUUGUUCAGUCAUUGGGCAGGUCCUUUUAGUAUCAUGUUUACUCCCCUGGACAGAUACAGUGAUAGGAACAUGCAAAUAAACAGACACCAAUACUGUGCAUUGAAGGCUAUGUCUGCUGUACUGUGUUGUGGCCCUGUUGCAGAUAAUGUGGGGCUGUCAUCUGAUGGCUAUUUAUACAAAUGGCUGGAUAAUAUCUUGGAUUCCCAGGAUAAAAAGGUUCAUCAGUUAGGUUGUGAGGCAGUUAUGCUGCUCUUGGAACUCAACCCUGACCAGAGUAACCUCAUGUACUGGGCUGUAGACCGGUGUUACACAGGUUCUGAGCGGGUAGCAGCUGGCUGUUUUAAAGCCAUAGCCAGUGUGUUUCAAAACAGGGAUUACCAGUGUGAUACAGUGACCCUCCUAAAUCUCAUACUGUUUAAAGCGGCUGAUUCUACUAGAGCAAUCUAUGAAGUUGCUAUGCAACUAUUACAGAUCUUGGAACCAAAGAUGUUCCGUUAUGCUCACAAACUGGAAGUUCAGAGGACGGAUGGGAUUUUGGGUCAGCCUUCUCCUUUACCACAUCUAUAUUCUAUGUCUUACUAUCAGCUCUCAGAAGAAUUAGCAAGGACCUAUCCAGAACUAACUCUUGCUAUCUUCUCAGAAGUAAGUCAGAGAAUUCAAACAGCUCACCCGGCUGGGAGGCAGGUGAUGCUGCAUUAUCUGCUGCCAUGGAUGAACAACAUUGAGCUGGUGGACUUGAAACCUUUGCCAACCCUUCGGCGGCAAGAUGAAGAUGAGGAAGAUGCUCUGAAAGACAGGGAGAUGAUGGUGAACAGUCGACGCUGGCUGCGAGGGGAAGGCUGGGGAUCUCYGCAAGCUACUGCUAUGGUUUUGAACAAUCUAAUGUAUAUGACUGCCAAGUAUGGUGACGAAGUGGCUUGGUCAGAGAUAGAAAAUGUUUGGACUACAUUGGCAGACAGCUGGCCAAAAAAUCUGAAAAUAAUUUUGCACUUCUUGAUCAGUAUCUGUGGAGUGAACAGUGAACCCAGUCUUUUGCCUUAUGUAAAGAAAGUCAUUGUUUAUUUGGGUAGAGACAAAACAAUGCAACUGUUGGAGGAGCUGGUGAGUGAACUUCAGCUAACUGAUCCCGUCAGCUCCGGGGUCACUCAUAUGGAUAAUCCACCAUAUUAUCGCAUUACAUCCAGUUACAAAAUCCCUUCUGUCACUUCAGGAACCACUUCUAGUAGCAAUACGAUGGUAGCUCCCACAGAUGUUAACCCUGAAAGUAAACACAUAAAAGACAGUAUUGAAGAGAAUUAUGCACAUCUAGACAUUUACAGUGGGUUGAACAGUAACUUGAACCGACAGCACCACAGACUAGAAUCUCGCUACAGCAGCAGCUCUGGAGGAUCGUAUGAAGAAGAAAAAAGUGAUUCAAUGCCUCUAUAUUCAAACUGGCGAUUGAAAGUGAUGGAGCACAAUCAGGGAGAGCCGCUGCCUUUCCCACCUACUGGGGGUUGCUGGUCACCACUGGUGGAUUAUUUGCCUGAAACUUCUCCUCCAGGCAUGUCACUUCACAGGUGCAACAUAGCAGUGAUCCUUUUAACUGACUUGAUAGUCGACCACAGUGUGAAGGUGGAAUGGGGAGGAUACUUACAUCUUUUGCUUCAUGCAAUUUUUAUAGGUUUUGACCACUGUCACCCUGAAGUCUAUGAGCACUGUAAACGGCUGCUUUUGCAUCUGCUGAUAGUGAUGGGCUCCAGCAGUAACAUCCAGUCUGUUGCUUCUGUCCUGCUCAGGAACAGAGAGUUCAAUGAGUCCAGGGUGCUUACUGUCAAGCAAGCUUCCCACUUAGAUUAUACUUUCACAGCAGGGGUUAAUGAUUUUAUACCUGAUUACCAGCCCUCCCCAAUGACCGACUCAGGGCUCAGUUCAAGUUCUACCUCUUCUAGCAUCAGUUUAGGAAAUACAAGUGCUGCCAUUUCUCAGCUGCAUACCACCAUCCUCAAUGAGGUUGACAUUUCAGUAGAACAAGAUGAAAAAGUGAAAACUCUCAUAGAAUUUAUUACCUCAAGGAAAAGAGGGCCACUUUGGAAUCAUGAAGAUGUUUCAGCUAAGAACCCUAAUAUAAAGAGUGCUGAACAGUUAACUGUGUUUCUAAAGCAUGUGGUAUCUAUUUUUAAACAGACAAGCUCAGGAGGGUUUCAGUUGGAGCACCGUCUUAGUGAAGUUGCUUUGCAAACUGCUCUUUCUUGCUCCUCUCGACAUUAUGCUGGGAGGUCCUUUCAGAUUUUCAGGGCUCUGAAGCAGCCUCUUACUGCAUCUACGCUUUCUGAUGUUCUCUCCAGACUAGUAGAAACUGUUGGAGAUGCAGGAGAAGAAGCUCAGGGUUUUGUCAUAGAACUGCUUCUGACUCUGGAGUCUGCUAUUGAUACAUUGGCUGAGACCAUGAAGCAUUACGAUCUGCUGUCUGCCCUUUCUCAAACCUCAUACCAUGAUUCAGUAAUGGGAAACAAGUUUGCAGCUAACAGGAAAAGCACUGGCCAGAUCAACCUAAGCACAAGUCCCAUUAACAGCGGCAGUUGUUUGGGCUACUACAGCAAUACCAGGAGUAAUUCUCUGAGGCUCAACUUAAUCAGUGAGCGGAGAGGCGACCGUCGACGGAGCAACACGCUGGACAUAAUGGAUGGAAGGAUAAAUCAUGGUGGCAGCUUGGCAAGGACUAGAAGCCUUUCCUCCCUGCGAGAGGGAGGGUUGUACGAUGUGCAGCCCACUACUGAUCCCGUCAAUCUGUUGGCUACCGUGUUCUGGAUUGCAGCUUCCUUGCUCGAGUCAGAUUAUGAAUAUGAGUACCUUCUGGCUCUCAAGCUCCUCAACAAACUGCUGAUUCACCUGCCUCUGGAUAAACUGGAGAGUCGGGAAAAGAUAGAAAAGGUGCAGAAUAAACUGAAGUGGAAUAACUUCCCAGGCCUUCAGCAGCUUUUCCUGAAAGGCUUUACUUCAGCAUCUACGCAGGAAAUGACCGUUCACCUCCUCAGUAAACUCAUCACAAUUUCCAGGCAUGCUUUGGUGGACCCCUCUCAGCUAGCAGGAUUUCCCCUAAACAUCUUGUGCUUACUUCCUCAUCUGAUCCAACAUUUUGAUAACCCAACUCAGUUCUGUAAAGAAACAGCUGACAGGAUAGCAAAGGUUUGUGCAGAGGAGAAAUCACCAACUCUUGCCAAUCUGGCUCAUAUGAUGAGCUUAUACAGCACGCACAGCUAUUCCAGAGACUGCUCUAACUGGAUUAAUGUAGUGUGUAGAUACUUGCAUGACUCCUUCUCAGAUAUCACAUUCAACCUUGUAACUUAUCUCGCAGAGCUACUAGAGAAAGGGUUAGCCAGUAUGCAGCAGUCCUUACUGCAGAUCAUCUACAGUCUUCUGAGUCAUAUUGACCUGUCCACAGCACCAGUGAAACAGUUCAACUUGGAGAUCAUAAAAGUUAUUGGUAAAUAUGUCCAGAGUCCAUAUUGGAAAGAAGCCCUUAAUAUUUUGAAACUAGUGGUGUCUCGGUCAGCAAGCCUUGUUGUACCUAAUGAUAUUCCGAAGUCUUACGGAGGUGAAAUAGGUUCUCCUGAAAUCUCCUUCACAAAAAUUUUUAAUAAUGUCUCCAAGGAGCUACCUGGGAAGACAUUAGAUUUUCAUUUUGAUAUAUCCGAGACACCAAUUAUUGGAAAUAAAUAUGGUGAUCAACACAGCGCUGCUGGUAGAAAUGGGAAGCCCAAAGUCAUUGCGGUCACCCGGAGCACUUCUUCAACUUCCUCUGGCUCCAAUUCGAAUGCAUUAGUUCCUGUCAGCUGGAAGAGACCACAGCUAUCUCAGAGAAGAACAAGGGAGAAGCUAAUGAAUGUGCUUUCUCUGUGUGGACCAGAGUCUGGGCUUCCCAAGAAUCCUUCAGUUGUGUUUUCCUCUAAUGAAGACUUGGAAGUUGGAGACCAGCAAACCAGUCUUAUUUCAACCACAGAAGAAGUGAUUCAAGAAGAGGAAGUGGCUGUGGAAGACAAUACCAGUGAACAACAAUUUGGAGUUUUUAAAGACUUUGACUUUUUAGAUGUUGAAUUGGAAGAUGCAGAGGGUGAAAGCAUGGACAACUUCAACUGGGGGGUUCGGAGGCGCUCCCUCGACAGCAUUGACAAAGGGGACACUCCAUCCCUUCAGGAAUGUCAGUACUCUGGAAGCACUCCCAGCUUGAACCUGACUAACCAGGAAGACACGGAUGAGUCUUCAGAAGAGGAAGCAGCACUAACUGCAAGUCAGAUACUCUCUCGUUCGCAGAUGUUAAACAACGAUUCUGCCAUAGAUGAAACAAUAUCAGAUCAUGCUGGUUUAUCCCUUCAGUCUCAGGAUUCCACUAGCAGUGUGGGGACAGAAGAGGUGCUUCAAAUCAGAACUGAAACCCCAAGUUUGGAGGCUUCUCCUCUAGAUAACUCUAGCAACCAGCUGCCUGAGGAAGGCAGUCCAGCAGUAAGGGAUGAACAGGUUAGCACUGCUAGUGAAGACACAGGGUCAUAUGUCCUUCAGGAACAACAAGACCCUCUGAUCUGUCACGAGUCUCUUGAGUUGGAAGAGACUCCAGAAAUGGCAGAGUCAGCAGCUCCUGAGAGCUACUGUGAAUCUAUCUGUGAAGAGGAUGUCACUCUUGCUUUGAAAGAGCUGGAUGAGAGAUGUGAAGAAGAAGAAGCUGACUUCUCUGGUUUGUCGAGCCAAGAUGAGGAGGAGCAGGACGGCUUCCCGGAAGCGCAGGCCUCCCCGCCGCCCUCCCCGUUCCUUUCGGCCAUCCUGGCCGCCUUCCAGCCGGUGCCGUGCGAGGAUGAGGAGGAGGCCUGGCGCUGCCACGUCAAUCAGAUGCUCUCGGAUACAGACGGCUCUUGUGCUGUUUACACCUUUCAUGUUUUCUCCAGGUUGUUUCAGACCAUUCAAAGAAAGUUUGUGGCUAUAACAAAUGAUUCGGUCAGCUUUCUGGGUGAGAGUCUGCAGCGAAUUGGAACAAAAUUUAAAAGCUCACUGGAAGUGAUGAUGUUAUGUUCAGAAUGUCCGACAGUCUUUGUGGAUGCAGAAACGCUAAUGUCUUGUGGCCUGCUGGAAACAUUGAAAUUCAGUGUGCUAGAGCUCCAGGARCACUUGGAUACCUAUAAUGUCAAAAGAGAAGCAGCAGAACAGUGGCUCGAUGACUGCAAGAGAACAUUUGGUACUGAUGAUGGCAUUCAUGGCGCUAACACAGACGCUCAGCAAAUGGAAAUUCUAGCAGAGCUGGAGCUGUGUCGGAGGCUGUACAAGUUGCACUUUCAGUUGCUGCUUCUGUUUCAAGCCUAUUGCAAACUGAUCAGCCAAGUAAACACCAUCCGAAAAGAAGCUGAGGUUAUAAAUAUGUCUGAAGAACUUGCCAUGCUGGAGAAUUGUCUGAAAGAAGCCGAGUCUGCCUCCGACAGCGGUAUCGAGGAAAUCGAGAUUGCAGAGGCUUCCCAGGCCAGCACCGAAACCGCGAUUCACUCCCUCAUUGAGUCCCUGAGGAGCAAAGAGUUCGUGUCAGCUGUGGCUCAGGUCAAGGCUUUCAGGUCCAUUUGGCCCAAUGACAUCUUUGGCAGCUCCGAAGAUGACCCCAUCCAGACUCUGCUGCACAUCUAUUUCCGCCAUCAGACGCUCGGCCAGACGGGCAGCUUUGCCGUAGUCGGCUCCAACCAGGAUAUGUCGGAGGCCAGCUCCAAACUGAUGGAACUCAACCUGGAAAUCCGGGAGUCUCUGCGCAUGGUGCAGUCCUGCCAGCUUCUAGGGAAGGUCAAACCGGCCGUAAAUCUGGUGAGCGCUGGAUUCUGAAGAGCUGUCUCCUGGAGAAGAACCUGCUGAAGACGCUUCAGACUAUUAUCGAGCACCUUCUGUUUUGGUUUUGUGAGAGCUGGGGAGAGAGGAGACCCUCUAGCAACCCCAGUGACCAACGCACGGUUUCAUCACAGCAAGAAAUUAUUUAAUCAGAGGCAAGAGAUCUGAAAAUGGAAGUCAACCAUCCCGCUUGACUGCUCUUUCUACACAGUAGCUGUACAGGCAGUAGUAUUUCUCUUUUUUUAUUUGAAUAUACGUAAAAGAACUACACGAAAGGAAAGGGCUUAAACGUAAUGCAUACAUUYGCAUUCUUUCCUGUUGUAACAGAACAGUAAAUGGUGGUUGCAGUAACAGCCUCUCAAGGUUGGAUCAACAUAAAGCAGGUGAGAUGAGGCUAAAAUCAAGGCUGCUUUAUUUUGGCUGAAGACCUGCAAGGCUUCCUGGCUUUCCAGCAGUAGCAAAUAUAAUCAGCUAGUACCUGAUGAGACACUUGGAAAGGUCAUCAAGAAUGUGCAGUCAAAGCUGAGCAGAAUGGCUUAGGGCUGCAAAAACCAGUGACUUCUCAAUGUUUUAUUUGCUUUCUUUUGUCUGUACUGAGGAAAUGAUGUAUGUGAGUUAGAGUGUAUGGCUAUGUGACAGUUGCUUUUUGAUGGUAUGGAUGAUUGUUAAAUAAGGUCUCAGAGCAUGCUUCAAAGAGCUGCAAGAUUAUUUUUGAAGAAAUUUUAUUUUAUUAGAUCUAAUCCUCCUAGUGUGUAAAUGUUAGGACAUUUAAUAAUAUUUUAAACUGGGAUUUCCCAGUGUUUCUAAAAGAAAUAAUAUAUCUGUUAACUUUAUUGGAAUGCUGCUCAGUUCUCUGAUCAGUGCAUACGUUACAAAUAUUGAUAACAACUAACCAAAAAGUAGCUGCCUGCAGAGACUUUAAAAUGUAUAUUAAAGGUGUAUGCUGCCCAUCAGCAACUCUCCUUAGAAGAAAGAAGUUAACUUAUUUUAUUCUGUAUAUAUUCUAGAAACUGUAUAGUGCAAAACCAGUAUUUUUCUUGUACAUUUGUGCAAUGCACUGUUAUGACAGUAGGUGUAUAGAGCUAUGAGGGAAGGGGGAGGCUCCCUGGUGGGAGUCACGGGCAGGGCUCAGACCACAAGUUGGAAGCACAACCGUGYGUCUGCAGGACUCCAGCCUAAGGAAGGGGGACUAUGGAAGAACAGCAACGGCUACCAAAACAUGCAAACAGGCAAUAUACUCAUAGCUCAGUGUCGAGGGCUGUAGCAUAAAAUGAACUGGAUUCUGCUGAAACCAAUAACGUUUUGUAUUAAAAAGAAAAAAAAAAAAAGAGAAAAAAAAUAGAAUGUAGUCCCAUAACUCCUGUGAUUUGAAAGGAACACCCAGUAUUUUUAUAUACAUCUCUUACCCACUGUGAUUUUUUUAAUGGGCUCUAAUUCCAGAGUUUAGAAUGUAGAAUUGAAAUUCUUAGCUCCGCCUUUUGGGGGGAAUUGGACCCCACUAGAAAUGUAAUUAUGCUGAAAUGCAUUAAUGGAAGGCACUGUGCACGCUGUUGGACUGCUGACAGUAGUUAUGUUAUCUUAACAAGCUCUGUAACUGGUCAAGGCACAUCCAUAAUCACUGUAUUUUUUUU